UAAUAAAUAUAAUGCAAUUUGGAAACGGGCACAGAAUUCUGUUUUUGGGGAAAAGACCACUUUCAUCUUUUCUUGCAGUAGAGACACUGAGAUAUCAUGCGGUUCAGCUUAAUCGUCUUCAUCGUCCUUCUGGGUUUCCUGUACCUCACAGAGGCACAAGGCACGUAUGAGGACUGCUGUCUGAAGUACGUCAAGAAAGUCAGACAUUCAAUGAGGAGCAAAGUGAUCAGCUACAGAAAACAGGAGAUGGAUGGAGGCUGCAACAUUUCAGCUACUAUCUUCACAUUAAAACAUGGGCGUAAGUUCUGCGCUGAUCCCAGAGAAAAAUGGGUGAAGGAACUGAUGCGCAAGAUAGACGGGAUGCCUGCUGACUCAAGAAGGACGCAUUUAAGAGGCUAAACAAAGCUAAGAGAGGACCUGAGGGAAAGCUGCCCAGGUGUUUCAGCCAAUCAUAUUGCAAUUUUUGAGUGCCGUGGCUCCUUGUACUGUCUUCAUAAAGCUUUGAGUGCUGUCACCCCAAGCACACAUUACAGCAUGGACAGAUUGAAGUUCAGCGCUUCUUGUCUUCUGUCCUGUGCUUCCCGUGACAUUUCCUGUUUCCGGACUCACAUUGCUUUAUAUGACGGAUUGCCGGUUCAAUGCUCCGAAUGGGAAUAAUUGUCAUUAUUUACCCUCUCCACACACAGAUGUUGCUCUCAUUUAAAGGCUCUGUUCCAGUUCCUACUGAGCUAUUUGGCAGCGUCCUAACUUUUUGAAACACUACACAGGCCUGUAGCUCACUAGGUUUUUGAACAGAGUUUAUGUUUAUAGCAUUGUAUUGAGGGAUGUAUGAUUAAGUGUACCAGGAACUUUAUCUUUACGCACUAGAUUUACUAUCCUACCGUAUCUAUAAUCAACAGGUGUGAUAAAAUUGUUGAGAAACUUUAGCAAUGAAAGUGAGUGGGAAGGUUUUGAAAGUGUAGAGUCGUAGGGAUUCACAACUGGUUUGUAUUACACUACAAUGAUGUAUAAAUUAUAAUGCGUUAUUUUGCUCAUGCAAUACGCUUAAUGAGUGAUUAUUGUCUAGCUAUUGAUAAGAUAAAUAUUCACAGAUUUCUUUAUAUUCACAAAUAUUAUAUAUAUAUAUAU